AUGGACAGGCUCAAUCCGGCGCCCGAAUGCAUCAGCACAUUCAACGAGCUGAAGCUCGGCAAGAGCCUCAAGUGGAUCAUCUACAAGAUCAGCGACGACUGGAAGGAGAUUGUGGUUGAGGAGACAUCCACGGAUCCCGACUACAACGCAUUCCGCGACAAGCUGCUGAACGCCAAGAGCAAGGACAGGCGGGGCAAGGAGGGCAUGGGCGGCCGCUAUGCCGUUUACGAUGUCGAGUAUGAGUUGGAGAGCGGCGAGGGGACGCGCAACAAGAUCACCUUCAUCAGCUGGUGCCCGGAUGAUGCGCCGCAAUACCCCCGCAUGAUGUACUCGUCUUCCAAAGAGGCUAUCAAGCGAUCCCUAAACGGUCUUGCGGCUGAUAUCCAGGCCAACGACGCCGACGACAUCGAAUGGGAGAACAUCAAGUCCCGCGUCUCCAAGGGUCGCUAAGCAAAACAUCAUUCAUGGCAAGGAGGUGGCAGGGAGAGUCGACGGGGUUCAAUUGGCAAACCAUGGAGAUAGCUUUGGCAAAGCUCCAAUACCUUUUCCCAGAGCCCAGGAGAAGGAAAACAUGUCAUUAAACACCGAGGUUUGAUGGAAUCGUCAACCCAAGAUCUUGGUUGUUGAGGUCAUCCUCGGACUGUUAGCAAGAUUGUGUAUGUUCAUGACGGGACCAAUGCAAGCAGGC